CCCACAUCCCGGCGGCGGCGGCGCUUCCCUCCACGGCAGCGGCACGGCGGCCCCCGGCUCCCGGAUCUCGGCUGCAGUGGUGCUCCCCUCUGCGACGUCAGCGCACUCCUCGCGGUGGCUGCGGCCCAGCGAGGAGGCUCCGGAUCUCGCAGCGGCGGCGGGCCCUGGAUCCAGCGGCGUGGCAGUUCCCUUCCCGGCAGUGUCGGAUGCAGGAUUGGAGGCAAUGGGGCUGAAACAAUAGAGAUGUUGAGUGUGAAGAUUUAAUGGUGAUUUGGAGGUCUUGCUAUAGUGUUUUACGUGUAAUUAGGGGAGCUUAGGGGGGCUUGAGCCCCCCUAGCCCCCCUCCUGUAUCCGCCCCUGCUUCCCGGGCAGCGUGCAGCUGUCCGGCCACCCUCACUCGGCGGCGUGGCGUCCCCCACCCCGGUGGUGCGCCUCCCAUCCGGUGACCGGCGGCAUCCGAGCGCGAGGAUGGCGGAGCAGGGCCAGCGACGCCGAGCCGCCACCCCGAGGCGGCGGGCUGGACAGGGCGCGGCCUUCGCGGCGGCUCGGGGAGCUCCUGUGUGCAGCGAGGGCAGACACCGGCGGCGGGGUGUUGGGUGGUCGAGGAUCUCGGGGUGGGCGACCCUGCUCUGCCCUUGGUGACUCGGAGACACAAGCGCCCGCCUUCAGAACAAAUUCAAGAAUGGGGGCCUCCAACUCCCGUUGUCACCAACUGGGACCGCUGCACAAGCGCCCGCGGCAUCCGGCGACUGCUCUGACGAUGACGAUUUCAUCCAACCAAUCAAGAAGCGCAAAGUCCCGCAGGAAUUCGAAGCAUCUCACGCGGCUCGACCAUCCUCGGCGCAGAGGUCGCGCUCCUCGGCGCGAUUUGCAGCUCGGCAUCAACCUCGACGCACUACUGCCGUCAGGAAAGCGCAUGCAGCGAAGAAACCUGAGUUGCCCAAGGAAGCAGAGCAGUGCCGUCCAGUGGAGAAGGCCUCCCCAGCGCCAAAUAAGGCCGAGAGAAAGAUCAGCAAAAGACCGAGCGGCGAUGGCGGCGCGGUGCUGAACGGUCCCCGGUCUAGCGCAGUGGCGAGGGGUCCCGGGCUGUGCGUGGCGGUGACGGGCCCUCGGUCGGGACUGGCUGCGCAAUGGGAGCUCGCGGUCUAGCACGGCGGCACGCGGCCUUCCUGCCGGACACAGAGGCGCGUGCGAGGGGUUCUCGGCGUUCGCCCCCCCCCCCCCCCCCCCCCCCCCCCGCGACGGCGGAGUCCGACUCUGCAUCCGGCUGGCACCGAUGUUUUCAAGUCUUAUGCGUUCUAUGUUUAGAUGUACAGGAUUCUAUGCUAUGAUUUGUACGUGCUACAUUCAAAUUUCUGAGAAGAAAAAUGUGAACCUAUGACUUGCAUCA